ACAAUGGAGACCUCUGGUAUAUCCAUCAUCUCCGCCAAGACCCUUCCCUCGGAGACCGCGGCCGUAGCCUACAACAACCCGGCUUUUGACGACGACAACGGCAACACUGACGCCAAGAAUGGCAUCACCACAGCAACAACAGCACCAUCAAACACCUCCACCACCACCAACAACAACAACAGCAGCAACAACAGCAGUAACAACAACAGCAACAACGCCCCACGUAUGAGUAGUUCUGACAAGGGUCCCCGCCUGUAUGACGAUAUCUCCCACUCUAAGCGAGGUUCCAGCUCUGUGGACUUCACCAUGCCCGAGAAGAAACCGCGAGACCGGCUCAAGUCGCUGACCACUGCUGAUGGACCUUACAGGGGCAUGGGCAAGGAAGAGCUGCUGAGAUAUUCGUCCAAACCCUUGUGGAGGAACCUUCGAUAUGUCUGCAUGUCCAUCGUUCUUACAGGUUGGCUGGCCCUACUGAUCACGGUUGUGGCUCUAGUGCUGACCUACCCCCAGUGUCGGGAGGCACAGGACAGGGAGUGGUGGCAGAAGGCCGUAAUCUACAGGGUCUAUGUUCGAAGCUUUCUGGAUGCUGAGGGAUCUGAUGGGAUUGGGGACAUCAAUGGCAUGCACAUCACCGUAGACUUUAUCCCCAACCACACCUCUGACCAACACCCCUGGUUCAUCAGUAGCCAGGCGAACCCCGAUGGCAGACAUAACGAGUUCAGAUCUUACUACGUCUGGGCGGAGGGCGGCGGCCCUCUCAAAGACACACCCAUCAACAACUGG